AUGUCUGCUCGCCGGCCUCACGGACAAAGCUAUGCCGAUGUUGCGGCCAAGCCUCCUCAAGAAGAAAGCAACUCUGAUGUGACCCCUGCUGUCCCAGCUGAUGUCAUCUACAAGCUACUGGGCUUCACAUUUGCCAUGGUCUUUGCCCCCAUUGGCGUGUACUUUUUGACUGUGAACUCGAUCUUUAGUGGUAACGCUAUAUACUCUGGAAUUACAGCGGCCAUCACGGCCAACGUGGUCCUGUUCGCUUACAUCUACGUCGCCUGGAAAGAAGAUCAAGCAGACCAGCAAGCAGCGACCAAGGCCAAAUCAAAGAAAGGCCAAUGA